CCAAAACUUCCGCCCAGUAUCAUACCAGCGUUAAUAUGGUCAGUGGGGAAGAGAUACCGGAGAGCGGACGUGCUUUUAAAUAAGGAAAUAAGAACAUUAAAGUUUCAAUGGAGAACCGCAAGAGAUGCUUCAAAAUCAUCUUUUUUUGCAUCCUGGUAGCAGCGACACUCCUCUUCAUCUACCUCAACAGAGACUGGGACUCGAUGAGCAGGGAAACUGAAGUACAAUGGGAGGAUCCUGGGCCGUAUCAUGUGGCCUAUCCACGAAACUACAAGUUCAUCAUGGACGACACACCAACGUGUAAGUCCACGACUCCUUUCCUGGUUCUGAUGGUUCCGGUUGCACCCCAUAAUGUGAAAGCUCGGGACAUCAUCCGGAAGACAUGGGGAAGUGAGAAGCUGGUUCUGGGUAAGCUGGUUGAGACUGUCUUCGUACUGGGCCUACCUGGGGGAGCUCAUGCUGAUCAGCAGCAGUUGAAGCUCCAAGUGGAGAACCUUGAGUACCAUGACAUGAUCCAGGCUAACUUCCAGGACAGCUACCGCAACCUGACCAUCAAGACUAUGAUGAUGGUGGAGUGGCUGGCUGCAAACUGUGGCAAAGCUUCCUAUGUCAUAAAAAUUGACUCUGAUGUGUUUCUGCAUGUCCAGAAUUUGGUUAAACUGUUGCUGAAUCCCACAACGCCCAAACAGAACUACAUGACAGGUUUGGUGUGGUGGCACAGCCCAGUUCUAAGGAACCCAUUUGACAAGUUCUACAUGCCGAGAGAUGUGAUUGCUGAGUCAGAGUACCCUCCAUAUCCUCUGGGCUUUGCCUACGUUAUGUCCCUGGACCUGCCUGCAAAGAUCCUGACAGUUUCUCCUCAGAUUAAACCUAUCUUUAUAGAAGACGCCUACCUGAGUAUGUGCCUAAAACGCCUGUCCAUUUCCCCCACCGACCCUCCUGAAAAGACGAUGUUUCUUGUCAUCCCAACUCAUCCUCUCAGCAGCUGCAGCCUUUCAAAAGUGAUCGCUUCGACAACGACGAGCAUCCAACUGAUGACGAGUUACUGGCAGAGGAGCAGCGAGCCAGGAGCUAAAUGUUGAGGGUUACCAGGUGCUUACAAAAUGAAACAUAUGUGUUUUCUGUCUGCAGACAAAAAUGGAAAUACUUUGCUUCAGUGUUUGACAGAAAAAAAUGUCCUUUGCUUAAAAGACCUAACAGGUUUGGACCACAAACCUUCCUGUCAUCAAAAGUAAAUCUCAGCUGCUGAGCUGUAAUAAUGAUCUUAGCUGUAUCAGCUCUCACACAGAUAAGAACAUCUACAUCAAAACACUGUAGCCGUAAUUUUAUUCUCAAUAAUAAUGUAGAUUUCCUUCGACAGGUUUAACUCUUUGCUUAAGCAACAUAUAUAACCUCAUACAGCCCUGUGGCUUUUUGGGGAGUGGAAUUUUAAAGUGAGCCAUGGGCCAACUUUUUUGAUAUCUUGUUUUUGAUAUAAGUACUUCUUUUUUUUAAUUCAAAAUUAAUUGGAUUACCAUCAGGCCUGGGACCUCAGGUUUACCAUGUGGUGUUGUGGUAAUUUGACAGAUUGUAAAUUGUCAGUAAAGUAUGCACAAAAACACAAUAUAAAUUGUGAAACAGUUUCGAACAAUCGGGAUCUCUCAGGGAGUUUGCUUUUAAAAUGAUGUCUCCAUCAUUCAAAUAUUUAUGGUCUCCUGUUUAGGAUAUCUUUUAAUUCAAACUGACACAGAUAACAGUCUGAAUUUUUUAAAAGAGAAUCAAAAGCACCACCAAAAAGAGAAAAAAGUUCAUCUUAGUUGUUGUCACUGUAAACUUAUACAGUCAUGGAAAAUAAUUAGACCAUUGUUUUCUUCAUUUUCUUGUCUUUUUUAAUGCCUGGUACAACUAAAGGUAUAUUUGUUUGGACAAAUGUAAUGAUAACAACAACAAAAAUAGCUCAUAAGAGUUUAAUUUAAGAGCUGAUAUCUAGACAUUUUCCAUGGAUUUCGUGAUAAUGAUUUUGAUUAUUAUCAAGAAAACCUUUCGUUAUAUCUGGCAUUAAAAUGAACAAGAAAUUGGACAAAAAAGGGUGGUCUACUUAUUUUUUCCAUGACUGUAUGUGUGGACACUGCAUUAAACAGCAAAGAUUACAUCAUACUGUAAAGCUGGUAUUUUAAUAAAAUGUUUCUGUUGUUUUUUUUUGGGUGUGUGUCAAUAAAAGUGUGACUUGUGUAUUGUUUUAUCAGUGUGUGUUAUAUUAAUUGAUACUUUUGUAAUACUUCGCAUAUUUUUGUAAUAUGUUGCGUAUUAUUUGUAAUAAUUGCGUAUUUCACCAAUGUUAACAGAGGAAAAUAGUUUGUGUCUUCUUCAGUGUAUGAAACUGCUCCUAUGCAUGGUGUGUUCACUGAUGUGUCAAAAAGGAUGGGUUAGAUGCAGAGGUUGAAUUUCCUCAUUGUCGGAUUUAUAAUGGAAUCUUAUUUUUAAUCUCCCACAGACCAUGACAAGCAUCCAACAGAUGACGAGUUACUGGCAGAGGAGCAGAGAGCCAGUAGCUAAAUGUUGAGGGUUAUCAGGUUUAUCAUGAUUUAAUUAAUACUUAAAGCUCAGUUUAAUGGGAAUUAUCAGGAACCAUCAUUAUAUUUUCAAUGUUUUCUCUGCAGAGUGCUGCAUUUCCAUAAGUUUUCAAUCAUGGUGUCUUUUUGAGACAGAAUAUUGCAAAAACACACAGUAAUUCACUGUAUGACUGUAUUCAAUAUGUUACUUAAAGAGUUGACAGUGUAACAGCCAAGACAAUAUCUGUUAUAUUUUAUGCUGUAAAAAAAGAUUUUAAUUUUCAAAAUUAAACUAGUUUAAUUCUUUAGAUGAGUCAGCUGCUGAAUCGAGCCUCUGUACAGCUGUAGUUCCUCCUCAGUCCAGAAGAGAGCAGGCUAACUGCACAUCAAGGUUACAACUGAAUCAGGAUCUCUCACAGAGUUUGUUUUACAGUUUUUCUCAAUUGCUAAAACGCAUUUUUCGAAUCCUCCUGUCCUUUUCUCAGAAUUCUAAACACAAAACUCUUUUAUCACACUACAUUCACAAAACCUCUUUUAGCAAAACCAUCCCAUAGCCUCAAAAUAGUUUUACCUGUUCUCAAAACCAAACAAUGUUGUCAGAUCUUGAACUAAUUGGUCAAAAUAUAAAAACUGCUGAGCAGUCAUUACACACUACACCAAAAACAUUGAAAACACAGUGUUCAAGGCAUGUAGCUCAUGGAGAAAUGUUUAUUGGUCACAUUAAAGUACAGCACAUGCAUUUUGCAUCUCAAAAGUAAAAAAAUAAAAUAAAAAAAAAGAUUGCACAACUCAGUGGAUUAAGCAUCUACAGUAAUCUGCAUUGAAACAUAUUAGGUAAUGUGAAACAAAUACAAAUAAAAGUGUACAACCCACAAUGUACUGUAAAAGGUAAAAAAACAAAAUAAAAAAACAACUUUUUGCCUCCCUCAUGGUCAUGCCAUGUACCAGUACAUGGUCAAUGAUGGUAGCCCGAAUUUUAUCAGAUAUUGCCACUCUUUGUCUCUCCCUCCUCUCGUCCUCUGUGUCUUUGAUCCAUUGUUGUCAUGAGCUUGCAUGUUGUCUCGACAUGAAGAGAAACAAGUGUGAUCUUUUUUGAAUUGUUGUGUUCACUGACCCAUGUGUUUGAUUUGUGUUCAUGUUUUGUCACCUGUUGUUACCAUUAUAUAUCACAAGUGCAUCACAGUGACAGCUGUGUCUUAUGAAGAAUUGUGUUUAGAGUUUUGCAAAAGGAAUGACUGAGAUCUGCAAAUAGUGUUUUACUAGAUGAAGAUAGUUUAUGGUUUUGUCAAAAGGAUGUUCAAUUCAGAGAAUGAGUUUAGACAACUGAGCAAUUGAUUCACACAACAGGAAUUAGUUUUUUAGCAAUUGAGAAAAACUGUAAUAAUGAUGUGUCCAUCAUUAAAAUGUUUAUGAUUUAGAUCCUUGUGUGGAUAUCUGUUAUCUAAUAUUUGUAAAACUGAAGUUACAUUUGACACUAAUUGGGAUUACUCAGUUUAGUGUUCAGAGAUUAAAGGAAAAUGCAGACAAAAAAAUGUCCCAUAUUUGACUCACUCAGUGUGUUAGGGUUAAUUAAAUAUAUUCGGGAAAGUUUUAAUUGGACUGUUUUAUAAUAAUGGCCACCAAUUAUUUACAAUGUGAAUCACUUCCAUAAAUUCAUAAAUACAUUUAGUAACAAGAAGUGUAGCACUUAUUAGUUAAAAUGUGGUCAAUUUAUAAACUUCUGAUUAGUUCUAAUUUAAUAAGUCAGAGCAGUGAACAUGUUGCUGAAUUAUUUUAUUCAAUGACAAUAUUUAUUCAUGGUUGGGUUAAAUGAGAGGAUGGGGAGAUAUGGGACUCCUUCAGUGCUGCAGAGCUUGUUGUUGUCUGCGCUGUAUGUCUGCUGUCUUUACUUGUGGUCCCCAUGGUGUAGUG